CAAAACAUGCGAAAUGGAUUUCAAUAAAUCAACUGCACCAUAGGUAUAGCAAUAUAAUGUCCAAUAAAUGUCAUUUUCAUUGGUUAGUUUAGACCUUUGAAGGACUCAACAAUAAAAUCAGAACUUAAACAAUUUCCAAAAUGAUUUCGGUUAUGAACGAUUCAUUUCUUUCCUAGUUUUGUUUCAGUCAAAGGAGGAUUUCAAAAGUUGCCUGUUUAAGAUCGCUUUGCAGAUCAUUUUUUCUUAUGUGUCUUUUAAUGGUGAUUGCUGAUCAAUAAAUCAUGUUUUGAUCCGAGUUAAAAAGUUUCAAAAGUUUCAUAAAAUUGGUGAAAGGAUACUAACUGUUAUUGAUAAACUCAACUGGGGAUCAUUACUUCUUAAACUGAUCAAAACCGUAGUCGAGUUUAUGAUUGACGUUCUUGCUGGAGUUAUGCUUGGGAAAAGCGCUUUAUCACCGCCUUUGAAAUCAUUUUAGAUGUGUUUAAAUAACAAAAAUAAUGUUGUAAUAACGUUAAAACAUAACAUUUUCCAUACAAUUGUGCAAAAGAUAUUUCAUUCAAGAUAUGAAGACUUAUUUUUCGACUGAAUAUUGCCACCGAACUGCCUAAAAUAAGACUUUUGAAAUGAAAUCUUUUCAACUAAAUAUUGGUUCGACUUCUUUUGUUCCCACUGAGCUAGUUUAAACUGGACACAGGUUGUUUCUGGUUCCGGUUUUUGUUUUUUAGCGUGAAGUUUUGAAUACAAGUUUCAGUUGUGAACAACAUUUCUUUGUCAAUCUUUUGCUUUCUUCUUUGCUGUAACAAGUUCUUUAAGUAAGUUCAUUUUUGCCAGUCAAGUCUUUUCACAGUGAAUGCUACAAAACCAUUUCUUUCACAGAAAAUAAUUUUAUUCUUGCCAAUGGAUAAUUCACUGAAAAAUAUUGAAAAAGAUGAUAGCUCAGAUAAAGUUACCAUAAAGGUUAAGGUUGAAGAUGAGGGAUAUCAUGAUAUAGUAAUAGAUUGGUCGGAUGGCAGUUCUCCAUACAAAGAUCAGCAAGUUAUUAAACAGCUUUCGUCGAUAAUCGGAAUGCCAGUCGAAUUAAUCAGGCUGACUGGGUUAGUUUAUGCGCCUAAUAAUCAUUUUGAUUUACAUAAUAUUGAACAUAAAUCAUUCGAUCCCCGGUUUUAUGAGCAUGAUGAGCCUGAUGAGAAUGCGCCUGAUUUAAUGCCGUGUAACUUCACCAAAGAGAACUGUUUAGGAAGGUUGAAUGAUGGUGAUCGCUUUGUCUUGCGUACUGAUUUGACUUUGUGGGUGGAUGUCUGUUUCAGUCUAGACAUAUAUUUGUAUAGCCUUGACUGUGAGUUUUACAAUGAAAACAAUUGUACUCAGUACUAUUGUCAUUAUUCAAAUACGAGAAAUUUUAUCGAUAGAAAAGUAUCAGUUGCUACAAACACUGAGUUACACAAUAUAUUACGAGCAAGGUAUGCAGAAAUGCCUCCUAUUGUAGACGUUGAUUCAGCCUUGGAAAAUCGUUCACGAAGAAUAAGAAUCUUGAGAGAGUUGGACAUCAAGGCGUUCUUUUGGGGGCAGCAGUGUAUUAGUAGCUCGAGAUACCAUGACCGACAUGAGUCCCCCUAUUCACGAACUCGAGGUUAACUUUUACUGAUAUUUUAUCUUCAUGUGAAAAUGCUGGCUCCAGGAAACGAAACAUGGUGCUAAUCAUCAAUGACAUGCUCGCCACAAUUCCAA